AUGAUAAGACGGGUAGCAUGUGCCAUAUCUGGAGGCGUGGAUAGUGCAGUUAGUGCCAGUAUCUUGAAGAAGAAGGGGUUCGAAGUGGUUGGUGUUUAUAUGGUAGGGUGUUGGUAGUCUCUAAGUCUGCAGAAUAAUUGGGACUUUGUAGAAGAAGGCGAGAAUCAUUGUCCGAGGACCUUGGACCAAUUUGAUGCCGAGAGAGUGUGUCAGCAUCUAGGGAUUCCGUUUCAUGUCGUAGACUUUGUAAAGGACUACUGGAACAACGUUUUUGAGCAAGUUUCUGAUUUUAAGUCAUUACAGUAUGAAACAACUGUUUUGUUAAUUAUAAAAGGUUUAGGAAGUUCUUGGACGGGUAUCGGUCGGGCAAAACUCUAGUAGCCGACAUAGAAUGCAACGCUCUGAUCAAGUUCGAAGCUCUACAUCAAUAUGCGAUGGAGAAGUUGGACGUUCAAGCUGUUGCCACAGGCCAUUACGCUCAGAAUUCUCUGGGAAACUUCUUGGAGUUACACAAUACAGGCGAGUUUGUUACCUACUUUAAAGUAUCUUUUGAUUGUGAAUUACAGUAUCUUAACUACUGAAGGAACUGUAAGAGUAAAGUUGACACAAAUACAAUAUCAAUUUGAGGUAAAGUGCCACAGUUGUUGACAGCCGUUGACGUGAUAAAAGACCAGACCUACUUCUUGUCACGGAUGACGGAAGCUCAGUUAUCUCGGUCCAUGUUUCCAAUCGGAGGUCUUCUGAAGCCGGCUGUAAAGAAGAUGGCCGUGGAGCAAGGGCUUCAGAAGUUGGCGGAGAAGAAGGAGAGCAUGGGGCUGUGUUAUGUUGGGAAGAGACGCAGUUUUAGUGAGUUCAUAGAAAAGGUGAGGACAAUGUCGUCUUUUAAUCGUUUUUAUGACAUGUUUUUUAAACGAGCAUAAUUAAGAUUACUGUAUUUUUCGACGAUUCGGCGACUAAAUCUAUUUAUUUAAUAUUAAUGUUACGUUAAUGCUGUUUUAGUAUAUACCAAAUAAGGAAGGGCCUCUGAUUGACAUGGACACUAACUCGAUAGUUGGAACUCACAAUGGUAUACAUCACUUUACUAUAGGCAAGAGGGUAGCCUUGGAUAGAAGGUGCCCUACUCACUAUGGCUUCUACGUUUCCAGUCUUGAUGCCGAGAAGAAUACUGUUUACGUAGUAAGUUAUGGUUCGAUAUUUAUAUAAAGUAGUAAUAUAUUUACUCAGUAAUGUGUUUUUAAAACUAAGCCUGUAGAGUACCACAACAUAGAGCACUCGUCACAUUCUUUACGGUUCGACUUAAUAAUAAUAUAAUAUUUUAGUGCCGAGGCUUCUUCAACCCAGUUUUAUACUCUCGCCGCAUCCAACUUGGUACUCCACAUUGGAUCAACGGGAUACCAGAGGUGUCCCACUUUGAGUUCAGGUCGCAAAGAGUGCAUCCUACUGUAAGAUGCACUUUACAUGAUAACAUACUCGAAUCCCAACUACCUGUUAGAGCAGCAGCUCCAGGACAGGUAAUCCUUUAA